AUGUCAAAGUCGAAAUUCAGUAAACUACUCAACACCCGAACAUUGCGAAAAGAAUAGUAACUAAAAACAAAACAAAAUUCUCGCAAAUUCCAUCUUAAAUUCAAUUUUAACAUUGCCGAGAUAAAAGCAAAAUGGCGGCAACCCGUGAACGUCGAGUGAAUGCUGGAAAUCGAAUAAGUAAUUUACUGAAUGAAGAGGAGGAAGAAGAAAUAUACAAAACAUUGUACGGUGGCUUCCAAGAGACUGAAGACGAUAAUGAUUAUAUACAACAAAUAAAACAAGACGACGAUGACGAUUCGGUCGAUUCCGAUUUUUCAAUCGACGAAAAUGAUGAGCUCAUUUCAGAUACUGAAGAGGUACCGGAACGGCGAGCAAAACAAUCCACAAAAGUAUACAAAGAUCUCAAAGCAAGAGGAAGACCACCAACAAAAGCGAAACAACAGCAACAACAGCCAACAGCGAAAACGGUUAAAAAGCCGGCCGCCACAAAACGUCUUAAAUCGAAACGAAUGCAUCGAUCAUCAUACACAGUUUUGGAUUCGGGAAAAAUAUCGUUGCGACAUUCGACCGCAUUAAAAUCAGCCGCCACACAGCAUAGGGUAAAAGAACGUAAAGAGGCGAUGCGAAAACGUGUCAAAAAUUAUCGCAUCGUUGAUGUAAUGCCAACACAAAAAGAAUUGCUGGCCGAAGCCGAAACAACGGCCAAAGAAAAUUUAGCAUCGUUAGAACGAUUCAAAAAGAUGGAAAUUGAAAAGAAAAAAGUCCGACCGACGAAACGUGUUAAUCCGGGUCCAAUUAUACGUUACCAUUCACUUAGCAUGCCAGCCAUCGAAACAACCAAAUCAUUGUUGGCAUUACAACGAAAACGAAAUUCCAGUAGUAUAACCAAUAUUAACGGUGAAGUGUCCAUUGAUAUGGACAUUGAACCAUCCAGUAAUAAAAUGGACACAAUAAAAACAUCAAAUAGUGAUCCGUUUUCAGCAUCAAAUAAGCGUGUCGAACGAACAUUCAUCACACUCGAAAAUGAUCUGAACGAUGAAUAUUUCAAAAAAGUGUUUAAUAAACCGAGUGCCAAGCGAAAAGUCGACUUAGUUUGUCCGCUCACAAAAUUACCAGCCAAAUACAUUGAUCCACUCACAAAACUUCCAUAUCGUAAUGUACAGGCGUUGAAAAUAAUUCGCGAAGCCUAUUAUCAAUUGGUUGAAACAUCAAAUUUGCCGGGCAGCGAAGAAUGGAUCCAAUGGCGACGAAAAAUUAAAGACGCAGCCAAUGCAAAAACUGAAUAAUUUCGAUGAACCAACAAAUAAUGCAAAACUCAUCAAAUUCUCAUGCAUUUAGACAUAUAUUUUUUUUGUUCAACUUUCGCCUUUUACUCCACUCAUCUCCCAUCAAACGGUAACAAAAUUUAUUUGUUUAUUUUGUAUUAAAAGUGAAAUCAUCGUAUAUCUAAUAAAAUAUAAUACAAUUGUAAA